AUGCUACACCGCUCUGCUGUUGACGAUGAAGCGAAACAAUUCCAGCCCCGACCCUUCAUGGAUUAUAACCGCCCUCCCUCUCGUACCUCACGACCGGCCUCCCGGAAUCACAUGGUGAAACCUUCAAGGGCCGUCACCCCAACAGGGCUGGGAGUCGUGACUGAGAAUGUUCCAGCCCCGCCCCCAGAGGCCUUGCCUACCAGCCCCAUUAGGGACGGCUUGGGAAGUUUGAAUCGGUGGUCCCAAUCAACCACUUCAAGCCGAAGUAUGUCCGAUCACAAUGGUCACCACCGUGGGAGCUCCAAGGCAUCAAUUCCAAAUUAUAGCCCGCGCCGAGGGAAUGGUCUGGGUGAGCUGCCAGAGAUCAACCUUCCAGAACUUCGAGCAUCGGAUAUGUUUUCUAGCGAUCCUAACGGCCUCGAUCUUUCAUUCACCGCUUCAAGUCAGAUCUUUCAGAAUUCCGCCCCCGGUACCGACAAACGUGACCCAUACGAGCAGCCGACCUACCAGCCCAAUAACCCUCGAUCAAGUGAGCUGUCAAUGGAUGGAGAAGUGGAUGGCCGACAAACCCAGAAGGCUAUGUUAUCGAAAGCGCUCCAAAAGGCAAAUACCGCUGUGCUUCUUGACAAUGCGGCAAAUUUCGAGGGGGCAAUGGAGGCAUACACAGAGGCUUGCCAGCUCUUACAAUUGGUUAUGCUUCGGAGCAACGGGGGCGACGAAGAAAAGAUCAAGUUACAAGAAAUCCGCGAUACCUAUAUGAUCCGUAUAACAGAACUACAGCGCAUGGACUUAGCCCUCUCUGUGCAUGAUACUAAAGCUCUUCCGCAACGACCGGUAAGCGAAGAGUCAUAUGAUGAGCUCUUCGCUUCAAAUGGUGGAUCUCGCAUUCAAAGUCAACAUAGCUCCGCCCAUUCCAGCUUUGGCUUUCAACCUCAAAUGGAUGAGCCCAAAUCCUUGCCCGCAGAGCCGAUCCCCCCGCGUCGACAGUCACUCCGCCCGUCAACCGUGGAGGAAUUCCGCAAUAUUGGGUUGCCAAAGACCUCUCAGUCAGGUCGAUCCACUCCGGCAAGUGCUAGUAGCAACCCGCAUUAUUCCGGACAAUACUUUGAACCAGGAGAAAAUACGGAACAAUCUUGGCUGGAUACAAUUGACGAGUCUGGUGCAUCCUCUCCCUCUUCGGCGAACUCUAAAGCAUCAUCAGUAUACCUCCGAAGGCGCACCAGCCGUCGCCUCAGCACAGGCACCGAGGCUGAAUUUGACGCGGCCCUGGAUGCUGCCGUGGAAGCAGCAUAUGACGAGGGCCUGGAGCCUGUCUUAGAGUACAAUGAGGGGACCAGUGAUGAUGUUGUAGCAAACGCACGCCGAAACAUUGAGCUUGCAAAGCAACGAGUUCGCGAAGCUGAGAAAGAGGCUCAAGCCGCCAUGCAGCGUGGCCGAGAUCUUCAAGAACCCCAAGACCCUCUUGCACCCGUCGCAAGAGAAUCUGUUUACCUCGACGAGGAAGCAGAAGAAGAGGAGCGUCUCCUGGAAGAGAUGACCAAAGGCUACGUUAUGGAUGAUUUUGAAUUUGGUAUCCAAUCCAAGUCGGCGUUACCGCGCGAAUCUGAUUCAAGCAACAUGUCAGGGAGAACAUGGGAGAGCUCGGCUGCUUCCAACAUAACUGGCACUGGGGCUACCUUGUCCACUCUCGCCGAAGAUGAAGACGUGAUAGUCGGCGGGCGUAGCUUGGACCCAAGUGUUCUACCUUCAGAGCCGCCAAAUGCUGCAUUGCCCCCCAUUCCUGCUGUUUCCGAUUUCCCAUCUCUACCUCCCCACCGGAUCUCUCUUACGAACCCUCCUCCCGCUGGGCCCCCUCCACCACCGCCCUCGAUGGGACCACCUCCUGUUCCGGGCGUGCGGGCACGACGACUGUCCAAAAAUAAUAGCGUUGAUCUUCGGAUUCAUACCAGGACCCAUUCCCGCGCAGAGUCUAAUGUGUCACACGCCCGCACUGAAUCUAAACUAUCGCAUACGCGCGGCGAGUCGAAUGCAUCUGGCUUAGACUACUUCUCUAUUCCUGUGGGUGACAAGCCACCCCCACCUCUUCCCAAGGAUGAGACCUCAGAUGUCUCAAGGCCUUCGACUCCUGGCCUUCGAGCCACCCUCCACCCGUCGAAGCGCAAUGCAUCGAUUGGAUCGCUAUCGGAACAUUUCAACCUCGCGAGAUCGCGCACCCAAGAAGACGCCGAGCCUGGCCUUCCACCUCUUCCCAUGUCGGCGCGGCCAAUGGCCAAAAUACCUUCUGCUCCAGAUGGGCUGAAUAAGGCCGGCUCAAGGCCUUUCAGAAACCGCAAUGGAUCCAUGCCCAAUCCUGAUAUUGGACCUGGCUCUCCUGUAACCCCAUGGGAAGACUCCUUCCCCCGUUAG